AGUCAGUUAGUCACUUUGGCAGUUGCUAGCUACACCGUGUUAGCUGUGUGGAAAACGAAACUGGCUCAUGUCUGACUUUUAGACAAAAUCAAGGGAAAACGAAAAGAAAACCGUUACAGGAAACCACCUUAAAUCCAUACGGGUGUUUACGGUUUGAAAAGCAGAGGCUGCGGCCACAGAGGGGGGCAAACACGAAGGAAUGUGGAGAAGACACCAGAGGUGGGGAGGAAGACCUGGACUGAUGUACAGACUGUAGCAGUGGGUUUGCCUACUCAGUGAGACAGGAGCUGCUGUCACUAUGGCACAGUUUGACACAGAGUACCAGCGUCUGGAGGCGUCCUACAGCGAUUCUCCCCCCGGAGAAGAGAACCUGCUGAUGCAUGUGCCAGAAGGAGCCAAAUCCAACUGGCACCACAUAGAAAACCUGGACCUGUUCUUCCAGAGAGUCUAUAAUCUGCAUCAGAAGAAUGGUUUCACCUGUAUGCUGCUGGGAGAGAUCUUUGAGUUGGUUCAGUUAAUUUUUGUGGUCGGCUUCACGGUGUUCCUGGCCAACUGUGUGGAUUACGACAUCCUGUUUGCCAACAAGUUUGUGAAUCACACUGAUUCAUCUAAAGUCACCCUGCCUGAUGCCUUUCUACCAGUCAACGUCUGCAGUGCACGCAUCCAGGAAAAUGUUUUCGUGAUUUUCGUCCUGAUCAUUUCUGGAGUGUUUUGGCUUCAUCGUCUGGUCAAGUUCAUCUACAAUGUCUGCUGUUACUGGGAAAUCAGAUCUUUUUAUAUCAAUGCCCUCAAGAUGUCAAUGUCAGAACUGCCUUAUGCAACAUGGCAGGAGGUCCAGGCCAGAAUAGUAGAGAUCCAGAAGGAACACCAGAUCUGCAUCCACAAGAAAGAACUCACAGAGUUGGACGUUUAUCACAGAAUUCUGCGCUUUAAAAACUACAUGGUUGCCAUGGUAAAUAAAUCACUGCUUCCUGUGCGUUUUCGGCUUCCUGUACUCGGGGAGUACGUGUUCUACACUCGGGGUCUCAAAUACAAUUUUGAGCUCAUCUUCUUCUGGGGUCCAGGAUCACUGUUUGAGAAUGAAUGGAGCUUAAAAGCAGAGUAUAAAAGAGGAGGCAACAGGCUUGAGCUGGCUGAUAAACUGGCGUCCCGUAUUCUUUGGAUUGGCAUCGCCAACCUGCUGCUGUGUCCUGUGAUUCUAGUCUGGCAGAUUCUGUACGCCUUCUUCAGUUACACUGAGGUGAUCAAACGAGAGCCUGGUUCUCUGGGAGCCAGAUGCUGGUCUCUGUAUGGACGCUGUUACCUGCGUCACUUCAAUGAACUGGACCAUGAGCUCAUGUCACGUCUGAGCAAAGGUUAUAAGGCUUCCUCCAAAUACAUGAACUGUUUCCUCUCACCGCUGCUGACAGUGGUUGCCAAAAAUGUAGCCUUUUUUGCCGGUUCUCUGCUGGCUGUUCUAAUAGCCCUGACCAUCUAUGACGAGGAUGUUCUCGCAGUAGAACAUGUCCUGUCGUCAAUUACCUUGCUGGGAGUGUGCAUCACUGUCUGCAGGUCGUUUAUUCCUGAUAAGCACAUGGUGUUUUGUCCUGAGCAGCUGUUACGGGUCAUCCUGGCUCAUAUCCACUACAUGCCCGACCACUGGCAGGGCAAUGCACACCGAUAUGAGACCAGAGACCAGUUCUCACAGCUCUUUCAGUACAGAGCAGUGUUUAUUCUCGAGGAGCUGCUGAGCCCGGUCGUGACUCCCAUUAUUCUCAUCUUCAGUCUGAGGCGAAAGUCUCUGGAGAUCAUUGAUUUCUUCAGGAACUUCACAGUGGAAGUCAUCGGUGUGGGCGACACCUGCUCCUUUGCCCAGAUGGACAUCAGGCAGCAUGGACACCCUGCGUGGCUGUCAGAGGGGAAGACGGAGGCAUCCAUCUACCAACAGGCAGAAGAUGGAAAGACAGAAUUAUCGCUCAUGCGUUUUGCCAUAACUAACCCCCAGUGGCAGCCGCCUCAGGAAACAACGCACUUCAUCAGCCAGCUGAAGGAAAGAAUUCACAGAGAGGCUACUGGUGUUUCAUCAGAAACACACCCACUCUCCCUAUCAGAGUCUGAGCCGAAGAGCCUCGUUGCAAACCUCUUGGCAGGUCCCUCAACACUGGGCAGUGUUCAUUUUGGCCGGGAGAGCUAUUUAAUCAAUCAAGCAGCAGCAGGUGUUGGUGACAGAGCCUCCGCACUACGAUCGCUCUCCCCAAUCAGCAGCAGUUUGCACCUGAGAGGGAGUUUGAAUGCAGCGCACAGGACGGCCAGCUCUCACACAUCUGCCAUGAACAAAACAAUGGCAGGAUCCGGGACUGAUGCCAGAACUGUGAGCUCCGGCAGUAGUGCAUGGGAGGGGCAACUCACCAGUUUGGUUCUGUCAGAGUAUGCAUCCACUGAGAUGAGCAUCCAUGCACUGUAUAUGCAUGAGCUCCAUAAACAGCAGUCACGUGGUGACUUGUCCCGUCACACCUGGCACAGGCAGGAGAGCGAUGAGAGCAGCGACAGCAUCCCCGAUGAAGUGAGGAGCCACAACCCUCAAUCUAGACAUUUCCCCCGCUCACAUACUUUUCCCACCACCGUUUCCAGUCCUACUGCCAUUCCCGCUUCAGCUUCAGACAUCAGCAGUACCGCCAUAGGCCAGGAGGGGGUACCAUCCCUGGGUGGAAGCCAUCAGCAAUACAGUGAAUCAGCUACAGGAACAUGCGGUGCCGGGGGGAGAGUAGUGAGGACAGCCCGUGUCCCUAUGGGAGGCUGGGCAGAGGAAGGCCAGGGUGUAGCACGACACCAUGGUCCACUACCAGAGGAGAGUUCUGAGGACGAAAUGCCUCCUCACAUACACAAGAUCACGUAACCAAGUAAACAAGCAGCAGCUCCUCAUCAUCCACCGAUAAUCAAGCCCGUAACCUCAUCAUCUACCAAGCUCCUCUCCAGGGGUGACUUUUGAUUUGACACAGACGAAGAAGAAGAGUUGGACAAAGCUCCUAACACGUACCGAUGCAGUGAAAUUGUGUGGGUGUGUUUGACAUUAUCUACUCUCAAAAGAUAUAAGAAUCAGUCAAUCUGCUCUCUACUUCACUUCUGCCUUUUACACACAUGUUGAAUGAACCUCAUUACAGGUAGGGGUAAUUUUAGAGAAAAAAAAAAUUCCAAAAGCCAUCAUUUUAAAUGUGAUGAGCACAUUGUCCAAAUUACAGUCAACACACAGGACACUAAUAUGAUCCAAUUGACUAAAUUGUAAAUCAAAUAUUUUUUAAAUUUUCAAGCAGAGAUUCUAGGUUAGCGUUAGUUUAAGCCAUGUCUUUAUUGCUUACAAUUUUUAUCCCAAAGUAAAUAGUAGACAAAUGAGUUUCUUGUAAGCAUGUCAUUUUAGCUUGUGGGCUGUUAAAGAAGCACUCAAGCCCAAGUGCAUGCCGUCAUCCACUCCUCUUCUGAAAUGUUCAACUGCAACAUAUAAACUAACAUCCUGCACAUGGUUCAUGCUCAUUAACUCACAGCACGACUUACCUCUGUGUCCGACAUAAAGCCACAUCUUUUUAAAGGAAAUUUGCACUUUAAUUAUUUGUUAAUGCAGAUACUGUCACUGAUUUUUUUUAUAUAUAUAUAUCUUCGUGUUUAUGUGAAGCGGAUUCUGUUUGUUCUGUUCUUUUUAAUGGAUUUAGAAUAAUGUUCCGUGAUGAUAGGUGGAAGUGUAGUUUGUUGUGCAUUUGAGUUUGAGGUAAUUGUGUAAUACUGUUGGAGUGAUAAGUAAUGUCACGCUGAAAUGUAGUACUGUAAAAUAAGAUGAAAAAUGAUCAAUUUGUUCACUUUUGUUGAAUAUAUCUUGUAAAUAUUUUGUACAGCUGUAAUUUCAUCCAUUAAAGACAAGCCAGUGGUGUGUGUACAGUCAAGAGGCAACAUCAAA